AUGGCUACCCCCAGUGUCCUCACCUUUGACGCUGAGGGCAGAGCCAUCGACUUUGACGUGUGGGAUUCCUCUGUUCGCUCAGUAUGGGCCACACGCGAUGCUGCUGCACGUCUUGCUGUGCGUCGCCACCUCCCUCCCGCUGAGCGUGCGCACUUUGGGUCGUACAAGAGUGCUCGGACCUUGUACGACGCCGUUAUUGCACGCUACUCCACCCCUGCCACUGCUGCACUGAGCCGCCUCAUGCUACCGUACCUCUUUCCUGACCUUGCUGCUUUUGCCACAGUAGCCGACCUCAUUACCCACCUGCGCACUAGUGACGGUCGCUUCCGCGCUGCGCUUCCUGCUGAGUUCUGCGCCAAGAACCCCCCCCCCCCCCAGUACUUCACUCUCUACUACAUUGUCACCCGCCUCCCUGACUCCCUUCGCGGAGUCAGGGACGACCUACUCGCAGUCUGCCCCACCACUCUCACUGUCGAGCUCCUCGAGAAGUCCCUCCUAGCAGCCGAGAAGAGCAUUCUCGCUGUAGGGGCCUCUCGUAGUGACCCGCGCACCCCCAUCUUUGAGGGGUGUUCCCCCUCCCCCCUCCUGCCCUCUGUCGCCUCUGCUGCCACGGCCGACCUCGUUGGUUUUGAGUCGGUCGGUGCGGCGUCUGCCCCCAGUGGGAGACGUCGCUCUGGCAAGAGCAAGGGGGGCAGGGGCGGUGGGGGAGGCGGCGGGGGCGGUGGAGGCGGCGGGGGAGGCAGCGGAGGAGGUGAGGGUGGUAGCGGGAGUGGUGGCGGGAGUGGAGGUGUCAGCGGCGGCAGUGGAGGCGGGGGCGGCAGUGGCGGUGGUGGUGGGGGUGGAGGCGGCGGCGGUGGUGGCGGCGGCGACGGUGGGGGUGGCGGUGGCGGUGGAGGUGGUGGCGGCGGCGGCGGAGGAGGAGGCGGCGGAGGGGGCGGCGGCGGUCGUGGCUCGUCGCGGAGGAGUGGCUCCGGUGGUGGUCAGCGCCAGCAGCAGCAGCGUGGUCAGGAGACCCUCUCCCCGCAGCAGCUCCGUGAGUGGUACGCUGCACGUCAGAGGGGUGGGGGUCCUGGUCCGUGCACCUACGUCCUGCGCACUGGCGACCGUGCGGGUGAGCAGUGUGGUGGUCCACACUCCGCCCAGCGCUGCUUCGGCCGCCUGACUGACGCUUGGCGCCGCCAGUUUCCUGACGCCUCUGAGAUCCCUCGCUGGGACCAGCUGUCUAGGGCAGGAGUAGCUAUCUUUGAUCUUGACUUUGAUGCUAUUCUUCGUGCCAUGUAUGCUGUGACUAUUAGUGAGGAGGGUGACUGUUACCGGUGUUUCCCGCCCGACCCGGGCAUUGGUACUGCGGCUCUGGGUGCUGUUGAGGCUGCUACUCCAGGUGCUUUUGCGGCUGCUGCUCUAGGUGCCAGUGAGUCUGUGUCCCCAGGUGCUGGUGAGUCUGCUCUCUCAGGUACAGCGUCGGCUCCGCCCUCUCUCACCUUCACUCUUGACUCAGGAGCGUCUCGCUCCUUCUUUCGAGACCGCACCACACUCACGCCGCUUAGUCGGCCUGUGGCAGUCUCCCUGGCGGACCCCUCUGGGGGUCCUGUUCUGGCUCGCUACUCCACUGUCCUUCCGUGCCCUGCGGUCCCGUCUGGCUCCCUGUCCGGUCUCUACCUCCCCUCGUUCUCUACGAACUUGGUGGCGGGUGCUGACCUCCAGGAUGCAGGGGUUGACCAGUUCACCCCUGCACGCCGACGAGACACCCACUGCACGGACGCGGACACGGGUCGACACUUGACCACGUUUACACGUGGGCCGGGGUCGAGCCUGUACACCCUCACUGUUCCGUCUCCUCCUCCUGCGUCUGGUCAGGUAGCUGCGUCGGGUCAGGUGUUUGCUGCAGCGUCCAGGUCUGGUCCGGAGUCUGCUCCCUGCUCGUGUCGCCUCCUGUCCCACGAGACCCUCCUGUGGCACCACAGGAUGGGUCACCCCUCCCUGCCCCAUCUCCGGGGCAUGGUCUCUCGCCUUCUUGUCUCUGGUCUUCCCCGGUCCCUCCCUCCCCUUCCUCCGGGGCCUGGCCCUCCCUGUGUCCCCUGUGUCGAGGGUCGCCUGCGGGCUACCCCUCACUCCUCCCCCUUUCCUCCAACGGAGGCCCCGAUGCAGACGCUUCACAUGGACGUGUGGGGCCCAGCCCGCGUCCGUGGACAGGGUCACGAGCGCUACUUCCUGCUGGUGGUUGACGACUACUCGCGUUACACCUCGGUCUUCCCCUUGCGCAGCAAGGGUGAGGUCACUGAGGUGUUGAUCGACUGGAUCCGCGCAGCUCGUCUCCAGCUCAGGCGGAGCUUCGGCUCGGACUUUCCUGUUUUGCGUCUGCACUCGGACAGAGGCGGAGAGUUCUCCUCCGGCCUUCUGCGAGCCUACUGUCGUGCACGAGGCAUCCGUCAGAGCUUCACGCUUCCGGACUCUCCACAGCAGAAUGGGAUUGCUGAGCGCCGCAUCGGCAUUGUCAUGGACGUCGCCCGUACGUCCAUGGUGCAUGCGGCUGCCCCCCAUUUUCUGUGGCCGUUUGCGGUGAGGUACGCCGCGCAUCAGAUCAACCUUCAGCCCAGGGUCUCCAGACCGGAGACCUCCCCAGCUUUGCUGUGGACGGGGAAGGUUGGCGAUGCGUCGGCGUUUCGUGUCUGGGGAUCUCGGGCGUUUGUCCGCGACUUGUCUGCGGACAAGCUGUCCCCUCGUGCUGCUCCUUGCGUCUUCCUGGGUCCCCCCCCGGUAGACCCCCUCCCCCCUCAGGGUCCUUCCCCUUCAGGUGUGUCUCAGGUAGACGCGGUCGAGCCUGUUGAGGUCACUGGUGACUCUGGUGCUGCUGCGGGUGCGGAGCCUCGGGGUGCUGAGUCUGGGGGUGCUGAGCCUGGGGGUGCUGAGCUUGGGGGUGCUGAGACUGGGGGUGCUGAGCCUGGGGGUACUGAGCCUGGGGGUGCUGAGUCUGGGGGUGCUGAGCCUGGGGGUGCUGAGCCUGGGGGUGCUGAGCCUGGGGGUGCUGAGCCUGGGGGUGCUGAGCCUGGGGGUGCUGAGCCUGGAGGUACUGCGUCUGGGAGUGCUGCGCCUGCUGCUUCUCUUCUUGGUGGUUCGAGCCGCGAGCCGCUCUCUCCUCUGGAGCUGCGUGAGUGGUUUGCCCGGCGCUGGAGGCGAGCUGCUGGAGCUGGGGGUGCUGCAGGUGCUGGAGGUUCUGUUGCUGCCGAGGGAGCUGGUACCACGGGUCCCGGAGGUGCUCGUACUGAGAGUACUGGAGCUGCCGGGCCCGGGGGUGCCUCUGGAGCUGGAGCUGCUGCGGGUGCUGGCGCUGAGACUACGACUGUCGGUCCUGCUGAGGGUACUUCUGGCGCUGCUGGAGGUGCUGGAGUUGGAGCUGCUACUAGUGCUGGUGCAGCCUCUGGAGGUGUUGGUGCUGUCCCUACUGUCUCUGGCGAGUGUCCACGGCCUGUCCCGUCGCAGUCACAGUUACAGCCCGCCUCUCCCCUGCCUUCUCCUUCUCCCUACACUGGUCCUACUGGAGGUCUUGCUGAGCGUCGUGAGCCUGCGUCCCGCCCUGCGUCGCCAGUCCGAGCUGCUCGCCCUAGUAGUCGCGGCUCGCGUCAGCGUCCUCCUCCUGUCCCUGGCAUACACCAGAUGUCUCUGCGUCUGUCCACUGUUCCUCUGCGUGCCCCUUUGCCUUCUCCUCCUGAGUCUUCUCUUCCUACUCUUGCCGACCCGGAGUCGGACUCUCGCCGUGCUGCCAGUCCUACUGUCACGCGUCUUCUUGCUUCUCUUGUCACUGACCCUUCCUUUGAGUCCGCUGCUGCGUCUGCCCUAGUUGCGGAGCUGGUCGCCUUUGCUGCUGCGUGUCGUUUAGACUACGCUGCCAGUCCUGUUGCUGAGUCUGCUGAGUCUGCUGAGUCUGCGUCUGCUGCGUCUGCGUCUGCCUGUCCUCCGUCCGUCGGGGGUGACUGUGCUCUUGGCACGGACGUCCUUGAGGACAGGCAGGAGGAGUUCCAGUGCUUUGCCGCCGCUUUGCCCCAUCUCGUGUCCAUGCUUGUUGCCCCUGAGGGAGACCCGGAUGCUCUAGACAUCCCGACCCCACGCUCUUACGCAGAGGCGAUGGCCGGUCCCUACUCCUCUCAGUGGCAGUCAGCCAUGGACGCAGAGAUGGCUUCCUGGAAGUCCACAGGCACCUACGUCGACGAGGUUCCCCCACCUGGGGCGAACAUCGUCAGUGGCAUGUGGAUUUUCAGGGUGAAGCGGCCGCCGGGUUCUCCGCCUGUCUUCAAGGCGCGCUACGUGGCUCGUGGCUUCAGUCAGCGACAGGGAGUUGACUUCUUUCAGACCUUCUCCCCGACCCCGAAGAUGACCACUCUUCGGGUUCUGCUGCACUUCGCUGCUCAGCGUGACUACGAGCUACACUCUCUUGACUUCAGCACUGCUUUCCUGCAGGGCCGCCUGCACGAGGAGAUCUGGCUGCGCCGCCCUCCUGGUUUCACUGGGUCGUUCCCUUGGUACCCAGUGGAGCCUCCGGCGGCCAGUCUACGCAUCUUAGCACGCUAUGUCGCUCCCGGCCGUCACCGGAAGGAGCACAUGGAUGCGGCUAAGAGGGUGUUGCGCUACUUGUGCAGUACGUCGGGCAUGGGGCUAGUGCUUGGAGGGCGUGAGCGGCCUGUGCUCACUGGGCACUCAGACGCUUCUUGGGCUGACGACCAGGCUACUCAGAGGUCGUCUCAGGGUUACACCUUCAGUCUUGGCUCUGGCUCUGUCUCUUGGCGCUCUACUCGCUCUUCUUCGGUUCUCAGCUCCAGUUGUGAGGCUGAGAUCUACGCCACGGCCAUGGCUGCCCAGGAGCUUCGCUGGCUCACCUACCUACUGACUGACCUUGGAGAGCGGCCUCGUUAUCCUCCAGUGCUGUACGUUGACAACAAGGCAACCAUUGCCUUGUGUCAGGAGCACAGACUGGAGCACAGGACGAAGCACAUUGCUCUGCGCUACUUCCUUGCUCGAGAGCUGCAGCAGCGUGGUCAGCUUCGCCUGCGCUUCGUGGCCACUGAGGCCAACACUGCUGAUGUGUUCACCAAGGCACUUCCGCCUCGUGACCAUCAGCGCUUUUGCACUCUGCUAGGCCUUGUGCCCACUGGGCCUCACUUGCUUACCUCUUGA